AUGCCGUCGCCAUCACAGGUUGAUGCUGCCAUCCUUGAGGCGUUGGAUCUUGAACCUGAGACGUCGAGGAUGGUCUCACAUGGGGGAUCGGGGUUCUCAGGGACUUCCAAGGUGUUGGGUUUUGUGAGGGGUGGUGGUGGUGGGGAUGAGAGGGGAGAGGGAGAGGAAAAGGAAUUUUUUGUUAAGAUUGGGAAGGGGGAGGGGAGUUGGGAGGUGAUGUUUGCUGGUAAGUUACCUAGUGGAUAGGAUUUUUUGAAGGUGAUUGGUUGGCUGUGAUUUGGAUGUGGGGUUGGAUUUGAGGUUUGAGAUGAGAUAAGAUGAGAUUCUUGGGGUGGGUGGGUUUUGAUUCUUUGAAGGUGGUCGUGGGAAUGGAAUCGUCUUUAUAUAUUUUGAUAACACUUGUCUCCGCCGCUCUCAAACAUACAUGAGCUAAUCCACAUCCUCGUCUAGGCGAACACCAAUCCCUCAACGCCAUCCAUACCGCCGUCCCCUCAUUAUGUCCCAAGUCCUACGGCCACGGUACCCUCAAAUCCGGAGGUCACUUCCUCGCAACAGAUUUCCUCGACCUCUCCCGAUCCACCUCAUCCACCUCAAAUGCCCAAAGUACCAACCUCUCCCUCGCCUAA